AUGGACAUCACCAAAUUCGUUGUCCAGGGCCGCGACCAGGCUCUCCUCUAUGGUGAUUACUCGACCUACCACAAGAGCUGCACCAAGCGUCUUCUAUCUUGUCGAAAGAAGCUGGGCAUUGCGACUAGAAAUCGCGGAAAGUUUCGCGAUCAUGAAAAGGUUACCGCGGAGCAGAUCGCCCAGAACCACGAAUAUGUCCAUUUACUUCUCCUUACAAGCGAGCGAGCUUGGGCUCAGACUAUGAAGAUGAAGUCUGGUCAUGAUAACGACUCCAAGGGAAUUACAGGCCGACUUCGAUCGCAUAUCGCCUCCCGUCUUAUCAAGGCCACCCGUGCUGCUGAGGAGCUUGUCGAAGCCCUCUCUCAAACCGACGUAUCUGGCGCCUCUCAGAAUGAUCUCCUCGAGGCCAACGCAUACGCUUACCUUAUCCGUGGUACCGCCAGUUUCGAGAAGCAGAGCUGGGAAGCAAGCUUGCAAAACUAUGCGGCGGCACGUGUCAUCUACAGUGCUCUGGCCUCUGCCACCACCGGCGAUCUCUACAAGGACCUGCUCACCGAAACCAUCGACCCCUCUAUCCGAUAUGCCGCCUACCAACUGAAGACCCCUCGAACUGUCCCGAUUCCGAUUAUUGCCCGAAAGGCCUUUCCUCAAUCCGACGCCAACCUCGUCAAGCAGAUCAACGACAUCGACCCCACCAUUCUCAAGUCAGACGAAGCAAAGGCCAAGGAUGGAAUUGCCAGCGCCGAGGGCGCACCCAAGACUCUGACUUGGAGGUCUCGGGAGGUCAACAUUGAGGAUGCGCAAAUUGCGAUGGCUUGGGGUGCCGUACUGGCUGCGAAGGAACGAUUGGCUACCAACCUUGCUCAACCCAAGGGACGGGGACCUUAUGAGCUAGCUGGCGCGUACGAUGAAAUUCUUAUGCUUAGCCAAGAUGCUGUCGAUGCUACCAAGCAAGCAAUCGACGAGAUGAGGGCCGAGGGUGUGGAGCAGGGCGACGCUCGAAUGCAGAGUUUGCAAAUCACACGUACCGCCGUCAACUUUGAGACUAUCAGCUGGAGAAUCGGUCGUAGCCGAGUUUUGACGGGAGAGCACGAUGGAGCACUCGACCAGUAUAGCUCACCGAGAAGGGGGAAGAAGGCAGCUCAAGAAGCCGAGAAGGAUAUCCCAACAGUAAAGAAGCUCGCUAAGCUGAAGGAAAAGGUUGCUCUGUACGAUGGAAUCCUACAAAACAUCGAGUCCAUCACGGAGCUACCUGGUGUGGCCAACGAUCAAGGACUCGCCGAGCAGAUCGCUGCUUACGUUAAAUAUUUCGAGGCCCUCAAGGCGCUGGCUAUCGCUCGCUCCCAUGCCACCUCUGGCAAUGCUGCCGAGGCUCUGGCUCUUAUCAACCACGCUGACGGUCUUGUUGACGAAUCUCAGUCCAAUGUACCUGCAUCUGAAGGAUCAAACAAAACUCCCCUCAGCCUGUCUGUCUCCGCCCAAGACGUCGAGUAUCUCCAGAACCUCCUCAACGGCGAGCUUCAGCGCCACCGUGCCAUCGUGCACAUUGACACUCUUCGAAAGAACCACGAGCUGAGCGUCUCAGAUGCCGUCAAGCGUCCUCUUAUUGAAACCCAGGACCAAUACCCCACUGGUGGUGUCAACCUGGACCACAUCGUCGAGUUCCCUCCCAAGCUCGCCGCUAUCCCUGUGAAGCCCAUCUUCCUCGAUGUGGCCUGGAAUUACAUUGAAUACGCUGGCAAGACUCCUCAACAAGAAUCAGCGCCUGCUAAGGCUAAGGAUGAGGCGCCCAAGACAGCCGAAUCACCAGCUCCUCAGCAAGGCAAGAGAGGUUGGUUUGGCUUCGGAAGAUCAUAG